AUGCAUUGCAAUGCCAACGUAGGCAAAUCUGCCAUCAGCUAGCGUUCGUAGCUCUUCUCAAUGGAUGUAAUUUGAGCUGACACAUAUUUUCCAUACAUUUUAACUCCACGUCUUUAGCAAAAAGCCAUAUCGAACUAAGCAACUCAGACGCUUUCUACAUUACCCAGCCUGUGUCAGUCAAAAUGGCAAGCCCAAGGACUAGAAGAGUUUUGAAGGAAGUGAGAACUCAGGAGGAAAACAACCUUUGCUUUGAGUGUGGGGGCUUCAACCCUCAAUGGGUUAGUGUGACCUAUGGGAUCUGGAUUUGUCUGGAGUGUUCUGGCAAACACAGAGGCUUGGGAGUACACCUUAGCUUUGUGCGCUCUGUUACCAUGGACAAGUGGAAGGACAUUGAGCUGGAGAAGAUGAAGGCGGGAGGGAAUGGAAAGUUCCGUAUGUUUCUGGAACUCCAAGAUGAUUACGAUGCCACCUGGACCAUGCAGGACAAAUAUAACAGCAGAGCUGCUGCACUUUUCAGAGACAAGGUUGCAACCAUUGCAGAAGGGAAGGAGUGGUCUAUUGAAACUUCCUCUGUCAAGGACUGGACUCCACCUCAGCCCAAGACAGGACUUUCGUCGUCUCGUCGCUCAGGGGGCCCGGGGCAGAACUUGGGCAAACCUUCAGACAAGGCGUUUGAGGACUGGCUGAGUGACGAUGUGAACUCUUAUCAGAGUGGUGGCGGUUAUAGUGGGAAUCAGGAGAACCGCUAUGUUGGCUUUGGGAAUACGCCGACUCCAGAGAAGAAGGAGGAUGAUGUCCUGAACAACGCUCUAUCUUCCAUUUAUUCGGGCUGGAGCAAUUUCACCAUCGGCGCUAGCAAAAUUGCUGCAGUCGCCAAGGAUAAUACCGCAAAACUUGCAACUUCAGCAACCCUAAAGUUAAGGGGCUAUAAGCCACCCCCAGAGCCGGCCACAGAGUUAGGACAGACAUUAAAUGAGAAUGUUAUCAAACCUACCCACGAAAAGGUAAAAGAUGGCAAGUUGCUAGAUGAAAUGUCCGUCAGCAUUGCUGGGCUGGCAUCCAAGGUCCAGGGCGCUGGUGCAAAAGGCUGGAAAGACAUGAGCGACUUCUUUGCUGGAAAGCCAGAGGACGGGUCAGAAGGAGAGAGCUACCAGAACAUGGACGCCACUGAGGGUUACCAGGGCAACUCCUCAGGCCCAGAACCAGGCCAGGCCCCUGCGCAGGACUUCUGGGAGACCUUUGGAAGCACCAGCUCCUCCAAGCCCAAGAAGUCUCCAAGCAGCGACAGUUGGACCAACGUCGACAAUUCUGCCACAGAGAAGAAGAGCUCCGACAGCUGGGACAACUGGGGCUCGGAGGCGGCAACCAACAACAAACACAGCACUGGAGACAGCUGGGAGGCCUGGGACAACAACUGGGACAACGCCGGCAGCGGCAAAGAGGCCAAGUGCAAGAAGAGCCCCGCUGCCGCCCCUGACAAACCUGCUGAGGAAACCUGGGACAAUGCAGACUGGUAGAGGCCUCUCACUCCCACUCUCCUCCCCGGCUCUAUUUCUCCCUUACUCCCUUUUUCUCUUUCUCCACCUUCUCUCUUUACUUCCUUUUCACAGGCACUUUUACAGUUGCACAGUUCUGUCUCUAACCUGGGCUGCGCUCAAUGCCAGUUCUGUAUGUUAUGUUAUUCCUCAAUAAGAAUCAAUUAAAAGUAAAUUGAGUUAAAUGCAUACUGAAUAUACCUGAAUAUUCACAAACUUUAAAGCAGUCUGUAGUGUAUUUUAAUUUGGCUGGAUUUGUGUAAAUAAAGUUAUUUUCUUUAAUUGCAGGAGUUCAAAAAUCAAAAUGUGAGCAGGGGUAUAAUCAUCUUAUGUAAUAUUUAAAGUUGUUUCCAUAUUAGAAGGCAAGGUGCCAUCUUGGUUUUAUGACUCUAUAGCAGGGCUAUUCAACUAUAUUCUUACGGGGGCCAGAUAAAAAAAAAAAAAAAAAGGUUAGUUGCAGGACAUUUUCCACGUGAUUAUUCUAAGGAGACACACACCAAUAAAUACAUUUUUGUCAAAUUAAAUGUUGCUAAAAGUAAUUAAGAAAGAAGUGGAGGUGCAACGUGAGUCGAGGUGCAACCGACAUUUUGUUAUCAUCAUUGAAAAAUAAAAGGAGCAACGUUCGCUCACCGUUAUUUUUAUUUAUUUAAACCACUAUUAAAAGCUUCUUAAAAGUAAUUAGGUCAUUAGAAAAUCAUCUGAAAACUAAGCAUCUCAAUAAACACAAAGAUAUGUCAAAUCAGGUAAUGCCAAGGAAGUAUUCUUUGAAUUCAUUUCCCUCAGUCAUUAGGUGCAUUUUUUUUGUCACACUCCCUUCUAACGAGUCCUUGUGAGCGUCAGCAAUGGAAACCGAAGACACGGACGUGUUCGUAGCUUUCAGGAAUGGGGUCAUAAUAUUUUGUAGCUUAAACCGUUCAAACGCUAAAGACAAAUUUAUAUGAAGAAAAAAUUACCAACAUGCCACAUAGGUGCUAAAAACAGCCAAAACUACACUUGCUUGUCAUUUUGGCAAUGAAUGUCGAAUUUUGGCUUUUUUUUUUUUCCAGAUAUUUUAUUAAUGUUCAGAAUUGAUCAAAGGGCAAGUCUAAAUUAAUAAAUGGGCCGGAUCUGGCCACGGGCCGCCAGUUUGAAUAGCCCUGCUCUAUAUUCAGGCGUUCAAUUUAAUCAUCCUCAACUAAAGAUGGCAGCAGUCACCUACUGAACCAGAGUGUCUAGAGUGAGAGGAGCCCAGUCUGUCUAUGGUUAUCCCACGAGAAACCGGGAUUUCCACUUUGUUUACACAUGAUGCAUAAUGACGUUGACAAGGAACUGGACUCCAGUUUAGUGUGUUAUCAUGUAAAGCCAGCAUCCCUGGAUUGCACCCCAACAGUGCUGUCUGUGUUGACAAAAAUUGACGGUCAAAACGUUCUGUUGUGUCGAUUUAUUACUGCAACUAACCUUGGUAGGAUGAUGCUUAACAUUGUGCAAUGGCAUUACAUGUAUAAAUGUAGUUGCUGGAUUCAUCUGAUGCAAGUACAUUAUUUGAACAAUUUAUUUUUUAUUUUAUACAUCCUCAGUCCUCUUUUCAUUGAAACCUGAAGAGAAGACUCUUAUAAGUCAGUACAAUUUGGUUAUUUUGAUGAACAGGUGACGAGAAGUACACUUUGGUUUAUAUACAACCUGGUCUAAAAAGAGGUUGAUAGUAUAAAAGUACUAUUCCACCACCCAAUCAGUGGUUGUCGAUCGUAUUAACCUCAUCCACUUACUGUAAUAUGAGUGAUCAUGUGUUCAUUUAAUGUACAGUAUGUGUUUUAAUCUGUAAAAUGAUUGUGUGUGUUGAGAACUAGACACAUUCGUUUUUGGGGUAAGGAUGACUUAUGCUUCAUUGCAUAUAUGUAAUACUGCCAAACCUGUGGGACCACCACAGCAACCUUCUGUGACCUCCGUAAACUUCAGUUGACCCUUAGUGGGAUGUAGUCUAUGUUGUGUCUGUUGUCCUUUUAACACUAAAAAUCAACCCUUUCUCAGUGAGAUGAGAUUUUCAGUCUUGGUCUUAAGUGUUGCAUCCAAGUUUUUAUGAGUUGAUAAAUGUGCAUAAUUGACGAGAUCAACAUAAUGUUGAGUCAAACGACAGUCAAAGAACACAUCUCAGGCCAGUUAUGUAAUAAUCUUUACAGGAAAGUUUGAUACAAAAUUCAGAUUUGUACAGUGAAUUUCUGACAAACAUUCACUUCUCGAGUGAUGUUGAAUACUGCUGAUUUGAAAUAAAGCUAUUCGCUGGACUUCUAAAAUGAGCCACAUGUUUUACAUGGAAGUGCAGAAUAAGGUGGUCCCAGAGAUUCACUCUAACUUCAGCCAUGUAGGCUUGGCUAGGCCUAAUCCCGGCCUUGUUCGAGUCAUGCAUGUUUUUUGAGUGACUUUUCCAUGGUCAUUUAACAGAUUAAUUUAAAUUGUUUGCAGUCUCCCAUUGUAAGGAGGUGGAACCCUCAAUUUCACCCUGUAUGUAUGUGAGAGACUGAGGCAUUGCCUAGAUAAUUAUUCUACUCCUGAGAAAGAUGAUGAGGCUACUAUUUCUUAGUUACACCAGAUUGUUGGCAUUUCCUUCCCCUGGCUGUUUUUCUGGUGGAACCACAGUUUAUGGGCUGAUAUGGCGUGGCAUGCAUUGUCUUGUGUGAAUGAAAAGUGCUUCUGCUAAAAGGGCAACAAAGACCAUCUGUUAAGAUUUGCAUGUUUUCUACACAAAAUUAAUGACCGGAGAUGUAAACUAGGAUAACUGUGAUAACUGUGCAAUGUUUGUGUAGUAGUGCAUCUUCUGCAAUAGUGCUGUAUCUCCCCUGCCCUCUAUUUUAAUGUUACCAGCCUUAAAGAGCUGUCCUCAGUCUAUCUAUUGAUAAACCGUUGUCAGUUUGGUUUUAAGAGUGUGUGUGUUUGGGUGUAUGUGUGAGUGUGUUCUCCCUUAUUAGCUGGACAGCAUGUAUGAUAAAAUAUAAAAGUAAAACGAGGUGCUGCUGUUUAGUUUGCCUCCACAUGUCUGAUGCUUUAUAAUGAUUUUUCUUGUACUGUAUUAUGUUUUAUGACGACUUAACAUUUUCAGUUAAGACUAAUCAGUCUGGUGGAACCAGCCUGAAGGUGAAUGUAGUGAUUAUGCUAGUUCCACCAGGCAAAAUCACAUAUUCUUAGUCCCAAAAUGUUUUUUUUAUUAGUCAAUGAAUUCCAGUGCUUUAAUCUAAAGGAUGUUAAAUGUUAGAGAUCCUGUUUAUAGAUCUACAAAUCUCACUGUAGAUCAUUUGGUAUGUGUGAAAUAUAGGCCUAACAGAACUUUUCACAAAAGUACAAUAUGUGCUUUUUGUCUAUUCAUGUUUUGACUGUCACAUUGGAGAUUGUGGGUGGCAAUCUUUUGUAGAUAUCAUUGUUCAGUCAACAAAUUACUAUUUUUCGAUAUUGUACAUGAAAUGAUUAAUGCAUCCUAAUGUAACUAUGGUUUGGAGAUAAAUAAAUAGUUGAUUUUUUUAUUUUAUUUUUAAACAUCAUUGUAUUUCUAAGUGCAUUGGGCGUUGGUGAGUUGUUUUCUUCUUUGAGUUCCACUAACUUAUCGUUCCAAAAUGGUGAUUGAUUGAAGGGAAUUUCCUCCAGUGCUCUUAACUCUAAUGUAAACCAUAAGAUUACGGUAGGCUUGACCCUUAUAGUACUGUACUCUAUAAAUAUGUAACAGUUCCGGUUGUGGGUGUAUUUCUCUGCACCACCUGUUGUCUGUAUGCUAAAUAAAAACGUAUACAUGUA